UUGUUCAGGACAGUUUGGCUUAGCUGUACCGGGCUUCUAUGAUGAAAAUGAUAUUGAUGAUGCACGUCUCCCACGAAGAUGGCUUAUGAAGAUAACCGUGGCACGUUCGAAGAAAUGGAGUUGUUCUAGGAGCCCUUACUAGUUAUACUGCAUAUUCCGUAUGUGCCCAGCUCCCCCUCACCACUCUCAACACUGGCACAGAGGGGCAGCUCGAUUUUGAUAGUUACCUAACACAUAGUGAGCAUCAAGCAAGGCCAUUAACAGGCUUUACCACUCCAGAAUUUACUUUCCACACCCACCUCGGGUAUUCACUUUGGGUAUCCGCCUAAGAUAAAUAUACAUUGCCAUCUGCACAUCAACAUAUUCUACCCUCUUGUGACUAUAGCCCAUCCCUCGGACGACAUCUCUCGUCGAUAGAUAUCAUCCGUGGUGGACUAUGCCUGGAUGAACUAAAAUUCAUGUAGAUCCGAUCUAACUUAACUAGCACAUCGCACAUUGGAAAAAUCUGAAUUCGCCAAAAAUUCCUACCCUAGCAUCAUAAUCGAGGAUCUCGCUCGAGUUUUUAUUACAACAUUAAGCGAAAAGUGCAAUUGAGUAUACACAAGAUCCUUCAAUCGUAUUGAAUCUCUUUCAAUACGACGGUAAGGGGUUGUGCCACUCACUUCUACACAUCUUCGCUCAAUUCGCUCCAUACGGCACCUCAAUUUGCACUCAGCAACAGCUUUUCAACUCAACACAGAUAUCACCACUACCUCUUGUAGCCGUCGUAUCACCAAUAGGUCUAUCAAACUUAAGGCUUCAUACUAGAACACCCACCUCUUUGGUAGUCUUCAAGAUGUCGUCUCCACCACCAUUAUCAUCCGGCAAUGGAAAUAGCGAGUCAACCUUUCCAGGUGUACCUGGCAGGUCUUUCGAAACUGCGAAUUCUACUAUGAGACAUUCCGAUUCUAUCGUCCCAUUCAUGCAAUCGUCCUCAUCAUCCUCCCAGGCCACGCCAUCCCCAACCGUAUCUUCAUCUUCCCUCGUCUCUAGUCAAGCUACAAGCAUCUCGUCUUUUGCUUCAACCUCAACCAUGGGCCAGAAAGCUGAACCAUCCGUUGAACCAUCUAUAUCAGCCGCAAAUUCGACCACGCCAGCCAACCCAUCAUCGAUCGACACAAGUAAUAAAAAAUCCGAUGAAGACAAGAAGAGGGAGAUGAGCGGUGCACUUGGUCAAGCUGGAACCUCGGGACGUGCAAAGAGAACUAGGACAGUUUUGAACACGGCAGAGGGUGCUGAACAAAUCAGCGGCGAAUUGAAUGAAAUCAACAUCAUUUAUAACACCGGCGACUCAAUUGGAAAGAGAAUGACACGCGCUGUGAAGGCAAAGUCUGAUACAGUCAAGCAUGGUGCUGAAUCUGCCAGCGCUAAUUCCAGCCAAGCUUAUACAAUGCCAGCCCCAAACGGCAAUGGAAAAGGGACCGGAGACACGCUUUCCAAUGUCAACCGAGAACCUACAAAGGGGGCGUCAAAACCUAAGCGUAAUAAAAAGCUGGUCAAUGGCGAGGCAACAGAUGAGCAGCUUCUUCCUAACGCAAAGAGACAGAAGACCAAGGCUCAAUCGCGUCAACCUGUUGAAAGUAAGAAGGUUGUCCCGUGUGGCGACGCCCAAUUUUUAUGGCUUAAGUUCCAAUCAAAGGAAGUUAAAAAACAGGCCUCAUAUAAGGACCUGGUUGGUACGAGCGGAAAAGUCAAAAGUGACAAGUACGUCAAGAAAGAGAUACUGGGCGAGAAAGUUUCAGUACCUGUCGGCGCAUGUUUCGAGCCCCAGAAAAUCGAAAACCCAGAACCCCUCUCUAAUAAAGAGCAGGCCCGCAGGCAAAAAACUUUCAGCUUCAAAGUUUAUUUUCCUCCUGAGUUUGGAAGGUUCUUCUCGCAGGGGGCAGUAGAAUACAUACAUUAUAAUCUCGACACCACUUCUCAUGAGAAUUUGAAGCUAAUGGAGAAGAUUAAGACAUCUAUGGCAGAGGCGAAAAAGAAGGGGGAAAAAUUUUGGUUUGAAACCAUGGAGGACUUUUAACUUCGCCCAUUUUUCCACGACACAGCGCACAUUCGUUAUGUAGACAUA